GAUGCAUGAAAAAUUAAGGGAAGGGAGAAAAUAUUGUUAGUUUAUUUAAACUAGAUGAAAGGGUUAAUUCUAUAAUUAUCUGCCUUUCCUUCUUCCUCUUUUGGAAACCCUAACUACCUUCUUUGGAAACCCUAACUAGAGAAAGGGAAAACCUCCCCUCACUCCGCCUCCCUUAUCAUCGUCCCCCAUCCCUUCCCCUCCCUCUUCAUCCGAUACAUCCAAUCCAAGCAAUACGUUAAAAUCUCAAUUGAAACUAAGCUGCUAUCAUGCGGAUCUACGUUUAUGGAUUGAUCUUAUUGAUUUGCGGACAACUCGCGGCCGAUCUUUCUGGAGGUAGGGUAAUUUUUUUUUUUUUUGCUAAAAGGUGAAUUUUUUUUUAUCCAGUAUCUGUAUACGCAAGCCUGGUAGGUUUAUGAUCUCCAUAAUCCCUUUGAUUGGGAGGGAUUUUAAUCUGCGGUCUCUCCAUAAUCCCUUUCUUUAACAAGUCAAUUGCAAUUAGGAAUAUUAGGAUAAAUGAUGGGGAAUGUGAAAAAAAUACAGUUGAAUAAGGCUCAAACUGAACACUCUCUUAGGAAUUAGACCGAGCACCUGCUGGGUAUAGUUACUGGAAGGUUUGUGAAGGGUUGAGAGUGAGAUUUUGGAAUGAUGUCUGGAUAGGGGAUCAUGAGUUUCAGUUCUUGUAUCCUGGCCUGUUUGCUUUGUACGAGGAAAGGAGGCUAGGGUGAUGGAGAUCGAAAUGUGGAGGAAUGGGGAUCGAGAGUGGAGGUUGGAAUGGAGGUGGGGAGGCUAGGGCCUGAAUGGGAUUUAGGAGGACUUUGUGAGCAAGGUAGAUGGGGUUGGUUUGAAGGAAAAUACUGAAGAUGUGUGUUGGUGGAAGUUUGAUGGGGGCACUGUCCAUAUGACAAAAAAAGCUUAUGAAGAGGUGGUGAGAAAGGAGAGGGUGAUUGAGAAAGAAUCUACUGACUAGAUUGCCGAAAAUUUGUUGGGUUAAUUUGGUGGGGAGGAUGCUAUGUGUAUCUUUUGUAAGGAAGAAAUAGAAUGCAUUGAUAAUGCUAUGGUGAAGCGCAAGAAGAUUAAGAGGAUACAGAUGGAUGUGUGUAGGUAGUGGGGGGUGGAUUUUGUGUAUACCAAAUUCAGUUAGGGAAAUUAUGUUUGCAGAUUGUGUAUGGGAAGCGUGGGAAAAAGUAAAGAGAUAUGUUUGGUUGUGGAGGAAUGGUCAAAUAUUUCAGGAAGUGCAGAUGCAAUCGAUGGAUUG